CGACGUUUGACCUCCAAUCCCAUCUCCGCCUUCUCAUCACUCCCCCUCCUCACCACUCCCUCUGUCCGAGAUGUUCUCCUCGGCCCUCCCCCGGCUCGCCACCAGGGCCUCGGCGCGGGUGCCCGCCCAGGCCUUUGCCAAGGCCCGCUUCAACUCGACCUUCUCGAAGCCCGCUGAGUCGUUCGCGUCCCGGGCAACGCUCUACGGCUCGGCUGCCAUCGCCGUCGGCACCUCGGCGUGGUACGCACACCUCUUUGGCAUCCCGGGCCUCCAGGAGGCGAGCGCCAACACCGCUGCCGAGGUCGGUCUCCACCCCGCCGAGUACCCUUGGCCUCACAAGGGUAUCUUCGAGACCUUUGACCACGCCUCGAUCCGCCGUGGUUACCUCGUGUACCGUGAGGUCUGCGCUGCCUGCCACUCCCUUGACCGCAUUGCCUGGCGCAACCUUGUCGGCGUCUCGCACACUGCCGACGAGGCCAAGGCCAUGGCCGCCGAGUUUGAGUACAAGGACGGCCCCAACGACGAGGGCGAGAUGUUCGACCGCCCAGGAAAGCUUUCCGACUACAUGCCCGCUCCCUACCCUAACGAGGAGGCCGCUCGUGCGGCCAACAACGGUGGUCUUCCUCCCGACCUUUCCCUCAUCGUCAAGGCCCGUCACGGCGGCUCGGACUACAUCUACUCGCUUCUCACCGGUUACGUUGACCCCCCUCCUGGCGUUACCGUUGCCGAGGGCAUGAACUACAACCCCUACUUCCCCGGUGGCGGCAUCGCCAUGGCCCGUACCCUCUUCGACGGCCUCGUCGAGUACGACGACAACACCCCCGCUACCACCUCGCAGAUGGCCAAGGACGUCACCACCUUCCUCAACUGGGCUGCCGAGCCGGAGCACGACGAGCGCAAGAAGAUGGGCAUGCAGGCCGUUAUCAUUAUCAGCGUCUUGACCGCAUUGUCUCUUGUCGUCAAGCGCGCCAAGUGGGCUGGCCUGAAGAACCGCAAGAUCUACUACGCCCCGCCCAAGCACUGAGUGUUUAGACAAAAGCUCUUCGCCGGGAGAUGCAAAAGAUAGCACGGAGGGAGGGUGUGGAGGCCGAUCCGUCGAUCAUUAAGGCGCUAAUGAAAUCUUUGAUUCCGC